AUGACAAUGGCCGAUACAAUACGUAGAAAAAAGAAAAGUCAUCUAAGUCGUGAUGAAUUAGCACGUGUUUGUCAAUUAGGUGAAGUUACAUUUGAAUCAUAUAAUAAUAGUACGUAUAUGAUUGCAAUACGUAGUAAAGGUGAUCGAAAAUCAUUGAUUGGUUAUCGUUGUGAUUGGAAUGCAUGUGGUUAUAUGAAUGCACGUGUUGAACGUAUGUUUGGUCAUAUACGGUCACAACAUCCCGAAGCACCGACUGUUAAAAAAUUAGUUACCACAGGUAAUUCUUCAACAUCAUCAACAACAACAGCAACAACAACGAUGCAUCAUCAUCAUCAAUCAAUUAUUGAUGAUUAUUCAACAUUUAAUGGAAAUUCUUCUUGUUAUCCAUCAUAUAAUAAUAAUAAUAUACCAAAUGAAUAUAAUGGUAUGGAAUUAUCAUCAUCAACAAAAUCGGAUAAUGGUUCAAUACAAUCAACAGUUAAUAAUAAUCAUCAUUUAAAUGAUAAUUCAUCAUUAUCAUUAUAUGAAAAUGAUAUUUCAUUUGAUAAUUGUAUUGAUGAAUCAUUAAAUGAUUGUUCAAAUAUGAGUGGUUCGAAUUUAAGCGGUGAAAAUUGCUAUAAUAAUGGUGUUGGUGGUUAUUCAUCAAGCAACAACAAUCAUAACAAUAAUCAAUGUAAUAAUAAAAAACGUAAAGCAAACAAUUCAAAAAAUUAUAUCGGUAAACAGAAUUUAUUUCAAGAAUUUCAAAGUAAUGAUGUUGCCAAAAUUCGUGAUAGUGAAAAUAAAUACAUAAUUGCAUUACAAAAAGAUAUGAAAAUUGUUGGCUAUCGUUGUGAUUGGCCGGAAUGUGAAUUUCUUACCUGUCGUAAAUAUGUUAUGGUUAAUCAUAUAAAUGGAAAACAUACAAAUCAAAGGCCUUAUUCAUGUGACAUGUGUAAUUUUACAUUUGUUAAAAGAUAUUUUUUAAAAGCUCAUAUGUAUAAAGUACAUAAAAGACGAAUGAGUUUAGAUGAUCAUCGGAAAAUGGAUCAACAUGAUAUUGAUGAUUGUUCAUCAUCAUAUGAUGAUUCGGCUAAUAUUAUCAACAAUAGCAAUAAACGUGAUCAUCAUCAUCAUCAUCAUUCGAAUGAUCCAAAUUCAUUCGAUGAUUCAAAUUUAUCAACACCGAUGAUUAAUAAAAAAUUCAAAUCCGAUCCACAAUCUUCAAUGUUGAUUAAUAAUAAUUAUAAUGAUACAAUUGUUUAUGAUCAUCAGCCAUAUGUUAAUGGACAAUGUCAACCACCACCAUCAUCGGUCAAUGAUGUUCAAAAUAUCUGUUAUAAUAAACAACAACAACCAUAUAAAUCUUAUCAUGAUUAUUCAACAAAUAUCUAUACAAAUAACAACAAUAAUGAUAAUAUUUAUAUAAAUAAUUAUCAACAACAAACAACAGUUACAAUGAAUGUUACAACUAAAACAUGUUUUAAUAAUUUAGUUGAUCAUUCAUUGCCGAAUGAUAAUAAUAAUUAUACACAAACAAAUAAUAAUUAUUCAAUGUCAUCAAUGAUUGAUCCAUUAAUGACACCACCACCACCAUCAUCAUCAUUAAGCAAUAAUAAUUGUCAUCGUCGUCCAAAUUUUAUGCCUAAUAAUAAUAAUUCAAAUUUGAUGGCUAAUAAUGAUUGUUAUAAUUUUCCAAUCGAUCAACAACAACAACAACAACCAUCAUCUUAUUGUAGCAAUAAUAAUUCAGCUUUAACAUCGAUUAAUGGUAAUAAUCAUCAUCAUCAUUCAUCGAUGAUUGUUAUGGAUGAAUUUCUUAGUCCACCAUCAUCAAGUGGUUCAUCAUCAUCAUCAUAUGGUGGUAAUGAUUGUAAUGGUGUUGGUGGUAGUCAAUGGCCAAUUGUCAAUGAUCCAUCAUCAACAACAACAAUGUUACAACAACCUGUUCGUGUUUCAACAACAACAACAACCGCAGCAACAACAAAUAUUAAUAAUCAACGUAAUCAAAUGAAUAAUACACCAAAUUCAUUGGCAAAUAAUUCAUCAUUCUUUUUACAUACACCAUCACCAUCACCAUCAUCAUCAUCAUUAUCACAUUCACCAGGCAAUAAUAAUAAUUCUUCUAUUCCAUCGAUUUUUCCAACUCAAACAACAAAUAUUAUCAAUAAUACACAACAACAACAACAACAAUCUGAUAAUGGUUAUCAUCAACAACAUUAUCCAACAAAUUUUAACGAUACAUUUAUUAAUGGCGGUAAUUCCACUGCAAUCGAUUAUUGUGAUUGGCAAAAUAAAAAUGAUAAUUCUAAUGAUAAUACCGGUGGUUUAUAUGAAAAAAAUCAUACAUCAUAUCAGCAGCAAUAUUUUGGUUUUGAUCAAAAUCAUCAUCAACAACAACAACAAUCAAUCGAUAAUGGUAAUUAUGAUCAGCUUUUAAUAUCUUCAUAUAAUGAUUUCAAUAAUGAUAAUGGUGAUUAUCAUAUUGAUCAUUCGCAUCAUCAUCAAUCGAAUCAAAUGAUGAUGAUGUCAACAUUUGAUCAUCAACAUCGUACAUCGUUGAAUGGUCAUCAUCAACAACAACAGCAACAACAAUGUUGGACAACUACUACUGGAACAUGGUAAUAAAUAACUCAAACAUCCUCACAAUCAAUAUUGAUCUCAUCAAUAAUCAUCACUAAUUGAAUUUUUUUUUUUGAAAUACUUAAUGGAUCAUCUUAUUUAUUGUUU